UUGAAGGCGGAAGGGGUUCGUAAGUGACCUCAACAGCAUGAGAAAACCAUGUUUGUAGGAUUUGCACUGCAGUAGUGUUGCUGUCAGUGUUUGAAUGUAUGAAAAGUAAAUGUUGUGUUUGUUCUAAUGGAUCCUAAUCUGCUGCACUGGAGAGACCGGGGUCGGUCUUUCUUCCGCCGACUCCAGACGUGGAUUAAUCUGCUUGAUCCAACCCUCCUGCUCUCCUCUGAUCCUGAAAUAGAAAAAGCCCACACCCUUAUUGGAAGUUCACAGCCACAGGAUAAAAAGGAUGAAUCUGCGCUGACCCUCUCACUUUCGUCUGUCCACGCUGAUUCUGGUGCUGCUCUUCCAAUAGUUUUCCGCCCUCCAGCAUUUCUGCCAAUAACUGCACCUUUGGUUGUUGCCAGCCUUUUGCCACAUAGCGGCGUCAAACCGGCUCUGUUUUGGCAGUUUUUGCUGCAGAGUUACUGUGCAGGGUUCAACCAUGCCAACAGAAAUUCUUCAACAGAGCAGGACAAGAAGACGUCUUUGAAGCAGCUUCUGUUGAUCGCUGGAACAGCUUCCUACACAUCAUGUGCAGGGGCCCUUCCUCAGAUUUUCAUUAACCGACUCCGUAUAAGAAGCCCAGCAGUCCAGACGUUCUUCAGGUCAUUAUUUCCAAUCCCACUUUCAGCUGCUCUGGCCUUCUUCAAUGUGCUAACUAUCAGAAGUGAGGAGUCAGAAACUGGGAUCCAAGUGUUCGACCGCAAUGGAAAUCCUGUGGGCAUCUCUAAAGCAGCAGCAGAAAAGGCUGUGAUGGAAACUGCGUUAUCUAGAGCGGUGCUGUUUGGUACGACUGCUGCUGUUCCUAAUCUGCUGGUUUUGCUCCUACAGAGAACAAGACUCUUCCAGAGGAACUCCCUGCUUGCUGCUCCUUUCCGGCAUAUGAGCGUUGCAUUUGUCCUGGGCCUGAUGGUUCCGGUCUCAUUCAGUCUCUUUCCACAGCUGGGAACGAUAAAGAGGGAAAUGUUGGAGGAGGAGCUGCAGGACAGAGCAGCUGGUGGACGGUUAUUCUACCACAGAGGACUCUGAGGAGCAGCCAGACACACAAUCAACCACAGCACAUGGUGCCGUUACUGAUAGCAUGACAGUAAAAUCCUCCUGUAACAUCAUACGGCUGGAUAAGUUCGAUACGUGUAACAGACUCCAACAUCAGAUGUAGUAUUCAUGUGAGAUAUUUUGUUUAAAAGAUAUUUAAUAAAACAAGCAAGAUGCUACUUUUGAUAGUAAAUUUAUUUAGUUGGAACAUUAGAUGUAUUUAUAGAUAUAGCAAAUCUUACAUCAUGAAAAUACAUUUAGUUUGAAAGUUACAUGAGUGUUUCUGUAUUCUCGCUGAGAUCUGAAAAUACUUUGACACAAAACCAUCUGUUUGGCAAUGUGGCAGAAAAUAGACUCAACAGGAAUCUAACUGAAUUAAAAACAGACCCUGAACAGUGAGACAUAUAAUGCAGCAUACACUCACCGGCCAAUUUACCAGGUACACUUAUAAAAUUAAAAAUAUUAGGAACACUUUUCAAUGUAAUACAGUACAGUAAGCGCUGCCAACCACCAUGGCCUCGAUAAUAAAGUAGAAUUUAAAAAAAAGAAGAAGAAAGUAAGGUAGAAGUAGAAUUUGUGGCACAGCUGUUCCACUGGACUGAAGUACAUUUCACACCUUUUAAAGAGGCUGGUGAGUGAAGCUUGAUGUGGAUAUGGAAGCAUCAACCAUCUGAACCUUUUUAGAAAAGUGUGUUUGAAAAAGCCUCAUGGCACGACUCAGUUCACUUGUAUUUCAGUUGUUUGGCACUAAUGUCAUUAGUAAAAUAGAAAAUGUGACACUGUUAGAAAAACAAACAAAAAAUAAAAUGUGUGCAAUGUC